UCAAAAAUUCAAUUGUUUGUCAAUUGUUCAAUUAUUUCAAAAAGUUAAUUGAAUAAAAUGAGAAGCUCAAGAAUGAAUUCCUUAUUUACGAAAAAUAUGAAGGUUCCGUAUGUUCGAAAAUUUUUGAAGCGGAAACCAAGUAAGAAAAACCCGGAUGUAGAAGCUUCCGAAAAUCUUUCUGGGAAAAUACAAGGGACCAACAAUUUAGAAAAGAGCCCUGAACCAGAACCUAUUAUGCAGCCCUUGGAAUCUGUUGCAAUGGUCCGAGAUGAAAAUGCAAACCCUGCAAUUCAUACAAUGAUGGCAAGAGACACCGAUUCCGAAGAAGACGAAGCUGAGACCUUUUCCAAGUUAGAAGUGGAUGAGGAAUCAUCAGGCGAACAUUUUCUUCCCCAUAUCGAUUCAGAUAUGUUUUUCAAUGCUGAUACCGAAUCAGCUAAAUUUGAAGACAGGUGGCCACCCAUUCGGGAAAAGCGGGAAAUGCGGGAAAAAUCUUCAACCAGAUCUGCUCCUAUACUAGCUGUCUUUAAAUCUGAAACGCGCAAGGAAGAGUUUUUUGAAAAGAAGCGGGCACUCGGAGUACUUAAAGCAUCGGAAGUAGGGGAUUUAUUCAAACGUUCAUCGCAGACAAUCUCCAUCCGAGACGAAAUGACCAGCUAUGGAAAAAGUCUAUUGAAGGAAGCAAGGAAAGUUCAGGAGGAAUUGAAUUUCAAAUAUGUAUGGCCCGGCCGUGAUGGCAAAAUCUUAAUCAAAAGAAGCGAUGGUUCCAGAAUUGAGAAGGUGAGCUCCAAAUUGGAUCUGCAAUCGGUCAUCGAAUCGAAGAAUAAACGUACCCUAAAUUUUUCCAAUAAUUCAUCAUUCAUGAUGUCAUCUCCAAAACGUCUUCAGCAAAACAACUAA